CAGCUGCAGCGCGCUGUGGGGUGGCGCUAUGGGGCAGCGCUGUGGGGCAGCGCCGUGGGGCAGCGCGAUGGGGCAGCGCUAUGGGGCAGGGACCCACGGCGGGCGCUGGUGCUGCAGCUGCAGCGCGCUGUGGGGCCGGAGCUGACCAAGAGCGACCUGGUGGGCGCCUUCCAGAGCCUCAUGAAGGACUGCGAGGCCGAGGUGCGCGCCGCCGCCUCCCACAAGGUCAAGGAGUUCUGUGAGAACCUGGCCCCCGAUUGCCGCGAGGCCGUCAUCAUGGGCCAGAUCCUGCCCUGCAUCAAGGAGCUGGUGUCGGACGCGAACCAGCACGUGAAGUCCGCGCUGGCCUCGGUGAUCAUGGGGCUGUCCCCGAUCCUGGGCAAGGAGAACACGGUGGAGCAUCUGCUGCCGCUCUUCCUGGCGCAGCUCAAGGACGAGUGCCCCGAGGUGCGGCUCAACAUCAUCUCGAACCUGGACUGCGUGAACGAGGUGAUCGGCAUCCGGCAGCUCUCGCAGUCGCUGCUCCCGGCCAUCGUGGAGCUGGCCGAGGACGCCAAGUGGCGCGUGCGCCUCGCCAUCAUCGAGUACAUGCCCCUGCUGGCGGGGCAGCUGGGUGUGGAGUUCUUUGACGAGAAGCUGAACUCGCUCUGCAUGGCCUGGCUGGUCGACCACGUGUACGCCAUCCGGGAGGCGGCCACGAGCAACCUGCGGAAGCUGGUGGAGCGCUUCGGGCCGGGCUGGGCGCAGGGAACCAUCGUGCCCAAGGUGCUGGCCAUGGCCGGGGACCCCAACUACCUGCACCGCAUGACCACGCUCUUCUGCAUCAACGUGCUGUCGGAGGUGUGCGGGCCGGAGCUGACGGCGCAGCAGCUGCUGCCCACGGUGCUGCGGAUGGCCGGCGACGCCGUGGCCAACGUGCGCUUCAACGUGGCCAAGUCCCUGCAGCGCCUCGGGCCCGUCCUCGAUGCGGGGACGCUGCAGGCCGAGGUGAAGCCGGUGCUGGAGAAGCUGACGCAGGAUCAGGACGUGGAUGUGAAAUACUUCGCCCAAGAGGCGCUCACGGUGCUGGCACUCGCCUGACCCCGCCCCCUCCCUCCGCCCUCCCCCCCCCGCAUGUGCCAUUGGCCCCGCCCCCUCGUGACGUCACCGGUUCAUUCAUUAAACGAGGAUCGCUGUUAA